CAUCUCUAUCACCUUCUUGCUCUAAACUAUUGCACCACAAUGCUACUUCAUGCUUUCAUUUCUUCUCUCUUCUUUUAUCCCCACAUAGCAUUCUCUACCAGUGACCUUCGCUUUCAGAAUUGCGGUUCUACCAAUAACUACACAACGAAUUCGAUCUUCUCCACCAACCUCUUCCAAGCACUCGACAAUCUCAGUAAGUACACCGCCUUAACCGGUUAUAAUGCCACCACCACAGGCAACUUAACUGGAGAAUCAGUGACUGCGCUCGCUCUUUGUCGCGGUGGCUUAGCCCCAUCAGGCUGCCAAAACUGUAUCACCGAUGCCUUGUCGGGUAUUCAAGCUGCAUGUCCAAAUCAAACAGCAGCCCAAGUUUGGUUUGACAACUGCACUAUCAGGUAUUCUGGCAAGAAAUUCCUAAACAAGGUAGAUGAUUCGGUCAUCGUCAAUUUCGGUGACUGGCGCCUCGGUCCUGAUCCAGAUUCUUUUAAAGAAAGUGCCCUAUUAUUAGUCCAAACUCUAUCAUCACAAGCUGCUGUAGCAGAGAAGAAAUAUUCAGUGGGGAGAACCAAUAUAACACACAACUUGAUGCUUUAUGGCUAUGUUGAUUGCACUCGUGAUCUUGACAACACAGGUUGCACAAAAUGUGUUCUGACCGCAAUAGACGCGAUAAAGUUAAGUUGUUUGUCAAAAUGGUUUUGUUGGAUCUUGACUCCCAGCUGUAAUGUCCAAUUCAAUGUGGAUCCAGUGCACCAGGACUGGCCUAAUGCCCCGUUUGUCAGCAGUUUUAUGUUAAUGGCGCCACCACCUGCAACCCUAACAGUUAAUAGUACUCGAGGUGGUAGAGGCAAGGGAUUGAAGAUCAAAGUUUCCGUUGGGGUGGUUACGACAGUUAUUCUGGCGGUUGGGAUUCUUGUUAUGAAGGCAAGGAAGAGAGGGAUGAGAAUGGACCCCAAAAGCCGUGGCAAUGAAAUUGAAGAAGCUGAGGAGUUGAUGAAGAGAGGAGGAGUAGGGAUGAGAAAGUUUAUGUAUGAUUUACAUCAGCUGGUUGUUGCAACCGAUAAUUUUUCUACAUCUAAUCGGCUGGGUAGGGGAGGAUUUGGUAUCGUUUACAAGGUAAUUUUGAUCUUUUUUUUGCCUGACACAAUUUAA